AUGAUUUCGAUCGUCGACAUCGAGUCUGCCGAGCGCGCCUCGCACCCGCUGGAGGUUGCCCGACGUGGCAUCGAGGCGCAGGAGAGUGCCAAUGCCGCACUCUACUCACUCGCGCUGCAGCACGAGGCGUCGGGCAGGCUCGCCGACGCCACGGCCGCCUACCGCCAGCUACUGGACCAGCCGCUCAUCGCUGAGGCGGACGCGCUGCACGCUGCGACCGGCGACCCGUCGCUGCGGCUGCGUUUCCUCGCGCUGAUGAACCUGAGCAACCUCGAGGCGUCGGGCGGCGAGCCGGAGCAGGCGCUGCAGCACGCACUGGGUGCGGUUGCGCUGGAUGAGCGCGACGGGCGGCUCUGGCUGCGGAUCGGCCGGUUGGCGGGCGCCGCGCGCCUCGCCGCCCUCGAGCGGCACUCUCUUGAGCACGCCGUCCUCGCCAGCCCGCACAACCAGCUCGCGUGGUGUGCACUCGACGCGUUGCUCAGACGGGUGGGCGACACCAAAGCGGCAGCCCAGCUCGCGGCUCGCGCGGCCACCACGCGUGGUCUGCCGCCGGGCGCACUUCCUCUGCCCGUGCCCUCGCCGCCCCCGCACGCCGCGGCGGCUCUGCUCGGGCCUUCUUCCGCGGUCGCCGCGCCUCAGCUCGGCUCGGAGGGUUGCGAGGGGUGCGUCCUGUGGAGUGCGGCGGAGGAGAAGAGCACGCCGGCGCCGCCGCCCACGCUUGAGAUUGCCGCGCCCCGCUGGCUGUGCGUCGCGGAGGCAAUUCGCGGCGCUGGCGGUGGGACGAGCGGCGGCGGGAGAGUGAGUGAAGUCACGCGCGCGGUUGCGUCAGCUCCGCCCGCUCCGCCAGCCGCGGCGGUUGGCGGCGGUCCUGGCAGUUCCGCAGACCGCGACCGGGUGGGCGAGGCCGGUGGCCAAGGCGGCGGCGGAAGCAGCGGCCCAGGCGGCAGCGCUCCACAGGCGGCAGCAUUGGGAGGGGCAUGUUGGUCGGAGGCUGCGGAGGCUGUCCCGAUUGAGGCCGACCAGGCUGGAGAGGUGGCAUCCACGGCGUCGGUGACGACGGCCGGCGAGGAGGCUGGCGAUUCGUCUCUGAGCUCGGGCGGAGCCAAGAGGCGCCAUCUGGAGCAAGCCGAGCCAGUUCCCACUGCGCUGGACGCGGCUUCGGCGGUGGCCGUGGAGGAGGCGCCACCCUCAGCUUGCGGCGGCGCCUCGGCCCUAGCGGGCUCUCGCGGUGAGGAGCCGCCCCCUACCCCCACCGAGGAGGCGCCGCCUCCAAAGCGACGCAAGCCGGCGGCAGCAGCGAGCCGGCGACCGCAGCGCAGCCGCCGCGGCGCACUUGGCGCCUCUGACGUGGUGGUUAAGCGGCCGGCGAGUGCGCAGCAGUUGUUUGCGCGCUUUCUCCCGCCCCUCCCGUCCAGCCCUCCUUCCCCCGUUAUCCAGCCCACCUCUGGCGUCCGGUCGGGAGCGUUGGCGGCGGCAGAGGCGGCGGCGGAGGGGCAGGCAGCGGAGGCGGGCCGGGACGCUCCUCUCGCAUCCAGAUGGGAGGAGGAGCGGUCCGUGUUGGCAUGGCUGCGCGACGAGCGCGUCAUGCUCAACAAUGGCCUCCUCGACGUCUGUUCGUCCUUUCUCGACCGCCUCCUCAUCCUCCCGUCACCCGGCCCGUCCGGCGCCUCCCCGCCCUCUUCCGCUUCUCCGCCGUCCUCUGGCCCUGCCUCGGAGCGCCGCCUCGUUGCCGACGGCUUGCUCCGCCUCCCUGUGCCCGGACGCUUGCGACUGCGCGCGUCGCUGCUGAAGCUUUAUGCGCUGACGCGGUCGCAGACGGGAUCGGCACCCCCCCCUGCUCGUUUGCUCGCUCUCCUGGAGCUCUCGCUCGAGGACGGGGGCAGUGGCGGUGGCAGAGGCGGCGACGGCGGCAGCAGUGGAGGCGGUGGCGAUGGCGGGCCGGCGCAAGGAGGCAAGGAGAGGGAGCAAGCUGCCGCCGUGUUUGGUGAGCUACAGGCAGCGCUCCUCCUGGCCAUCAGCCGAGGGGAAGAGGCCGCGCCGGACACGCUCGCGCGCCUCAGCUGGUCACUUGCAACGAACGCUGAGCGAGACGGCGAGGCGGUCGCGGCGACCCGCCACCUCGCAGAGUGCGCGCAUGCGCUGCGCGCGAUGGCCGCCGAUGGCGAGGCGAGGGGCGGCGAGGAGGGUGGGGCGGCGGCAGAGGCGUUCGCGCAUCCCCUCUGCGCCAGUGCUUCUCGGCGCAUCACCUUGGCUGACGUGUCGGAGGCGCAGCAGCGGCACUCACUCGAGAAGUUGGUGCACGAGGCGCGCGCUCUCCUCUCUGGACUCGCCGUGCGGGCGGCUCCCUCCGCCGGCGGGGAGUGGGCGGCCAUCGUUUCGCACGCAGGCGGUGCCGAUACCUUGGGGGGCGACGCGGUGCAAAGCAUAUGCGAUGCGGCGUGGUCGCCGGCGUUUGCGGCUGCCGAGGCAGCAAGCGGAGAGGUGGCGGCGGCCAGCCCGGGUGGGGAUGUUAAGCUGGCUGAGAGCGUGCAGCUCCUCGGUUUGUGUUGGAUCGGCAUGUGCCGUGGCGCCGGCGGGUUCGCGAGGGGGGAAUCCCCUCCGCCGCCACUCGUGCCGCUGCCGCGGCUUCGCGAGCGUUUCAGCCAGCUGCUGAGCCCACUCUGUGCCGCGCUGCGACGCUGUCUGGCCCAGCUCGCCGUGUCCACCCCUCCUCCGACCCAGAAGCGUUUGGGAGCGGCAACAGGGGGGUCGGCUGGCACUGCUGCGGAGGCGACACUGGCGGCGGGUGCGGAUGUCACGGAGGGGAGGGUUGACGCGAUUUGGCAAUCUCUCCACAACAUGCUCACGCUGCUGUUGCAGUCGCUCGAUGCCUUCUCGUGCCUCCACCCCUCGCACCGCGGACCGCUGCUCUCCCCGCCCGCAGCCGCACCCCCCUCCGAGAUGCCCACGGCGGGCGAGGAGACGGAGCUCAGCUGCGGAGACUGGCGCGCUGCGGCGGUCGCGGCGCAGCGGGUGGUGUACGAGGUCGCCAUGCGCGCGCUGCCAAGAUGGGCGCGCACCGGGUCCACCCAGGGUGGCGCAAAGGGCUCCCGCCGCUCACUGCACUAUGCGAUCUGCGCGCUGUGCAAGCUUUGGCUCGCUGGUGGUACCGUUGCGGCCUGCGCGGCUAGAUCGCACUCGCGUGAUUUGCUUCCUUACACGGAUGGUUUGUGCACAGGCACCGGCACCGGUGGCGUCGCUGAGGCGCUCGUGCUGCUGCAGCGCUGCUGGGGGCUGCUCGGUCGGGAGGCUGUCGCGGCGAGGUCGCUCGAGGUUGCCCUUGCGCCCGGCGCGGCGGCGCGGGGCAAGGGCUCCAAGCGCUUUCGGCAGGAGCCGCGGCACGAGGCGCCUCUCGCCCAGCAAAUCAGUAGCGUCACCCUCGCUUGGCUACGGUGGCCCGAGGCGAUGCUCGCGUGCCCGCAGCUGCCAGAGGAGACGUGGCGCGUGGCUCGGCCGACGAAGCCGUCGGCACCGGUGGUGUGCGCCAUCGACGAGCGCAUCGGCGGCCUGAUUGCAGAGGCAGCGGCGGGCAUGGGCGUGAUCUCCACCGCUGUCGCCGAGCCCGAGCCGGCUGCUGAGGAGAGCUCGUGGCAGCCGCUCGAGGGCAGCGCGCGCGAGGAGGCCGACGCGAUUGCGUCGGCACUCUCCGACGCUUUCCGGCUCGCCAACUCAGAGGCGGUCGAGUUUGAGGACCGACCGGUGCCGGGUGCAGCUGGUUGGAGCAUCCGCUGGAAGGCGCGCAAGGCUGGCGCCUCUAAGGGCGACUCGUACCUCACCACCCCGCAGGGGCGCCGCUACGACUCUAUUCGUGCUGCAAAGCGUUUCCUCGGCCUUGAGGCGCCGCGCGGGGACGAGGGCGCCUCAGGGCGCGCGGCCAAGCUGGCGCCAAAGGCGGCGGCGCCGGCAGAAACGAAAAAGACGGCGAAGGCGUCAAGGCCAAAUGCGCCGAAUGUGGCGACGCGGUCGUCGCUCGCACCAAGCCAGGUCGAGUACCAGUUGGUCGACGUUCCGCUGCGCGUCGCCGCCACCGCGCUAGGGGGAGAUGGCUCAGGGGCCGGAAGGGGCGGUGGCGGUGCCGACAGAGAAGCUGGCAUGCAGAGCGUCGGCGUCGGCGUUCGGCAGCUGCUCGACAGCUGCAUCGAGCUACUCUUUGGCGGGAUCAUCGACGGCGGCGGCGGCGGCGGCGCCAAGCAGCACCCCCCCAAGGUGGUUGACUUUGCGAGUUGCCCGCCGCGUGAGGCCGAGCUCCUCUUGCAGUACUUCCUUAUGCAGUGCCCGCCGGGUACGCUCGGCGGGGGCAUCGUGGGCGGCGGCGGCGUGAGGUCGCAGAAAGAGCGACAGCGACGGCGACGGCUGAGGGACCACUUGCGGCGUUUCCUCCCGCCGGAACUGGCGUCUGGCGAGGGCGAGGGCCGCUGGGAAGCCCUAGCAUUGCGCGCCCUCGCUCCCGCGCUCGCGAGCGGCGCCGACGAUGGCGGGGCGUUGCAGGGAGUCCUCGCCUUGCUCCCGGCGCCCCUGGCGCCUCCAUCCACAUCCACCUCAGGCUCGGCGGGGCAGACGGAAGUGUGGCUCCUCGGCUCGCACCUCUGCGCGGCCUUGGCGAGCCUCGAGGCGUCGGUCGGGGAGUCGGAGCACCUCGAGGAGGUUUGCAACAGGUCGCUGCAGCGCGUCGAGCGCGGCGCCAUCGCGGGUGCCACGUGCGCAGCUGCCGAGCGAUGGGCGCGCUUCCUUGAGUGGUCCAAUGCGCUCCGAAGCCACGCUCUGCGGCUCGCGCUCUUUGGCGUGCCGGCCGACGCCCCCGAUGCGGCAGGAGCCGGCUGGCCCGCGGCGCUGUCGCCAGUUCAGCCUGCGCGGGUUCUGCUCUCGAUCGGCGUUCACGCGCGCAAGCUCUGGUCCCUGAAGGUAGACGCGGCGCUGCACGACCCUGCCGCACCACUCGCCACGUGGCGCCAGUCCGUCCUCGGCGCAUCGGCCGCGGCGAGCGACGCGGCGCGACUUGCCCACGGCUGCUUAUGCCUGCUCGUCGAUGCGCUGCCCCCGCCAAGAGAGGCGCAGACCAUUGCCGCGCCACCGGCGUGGUGCGGCCAACCGGGCGGGUUCGCGCGCGUGUGGGCGCACGCCAGGCUCGAACUCGCCAUGCUCCUCUCCACCGAAGCGGCGCUGUUGCGGUACAUUGAGGAUCGCUCGCCGGAGGGCGGCGGCAGCGCGGGCGGCGGCGUGGGUGGAAGGAGCUGCGGCGGUCAGGCGGCGGGCGGCGGCGGCGACGUGUCACGUUGGCCCCUCGCUUUGCGGCUUCUGCGGACGGGCCACCACACGUCCUGGCAGGACGCGCUGCGGCAGACUGCAGAGCUUCUGCGGCCAGUGACGGAGCAGACGGAGGAGGCGGUGGCGGCCACGGCCGCGGCGGGGGCAGGGGUGGGGGCGGGAUCGGCGGUGGAUCGGGGAGAGGAGGACGAGGAGGACGAGGAGGACGACGAAAAGGGCCAGCAAGACGACACCGAGACGGAGGGGCAUGGAUUGCCUGUGGCGUGCCGUUGGGCUGCGCACUUGCUGCGCGGCCGCGCCUUGCGAGAGCUGGGCGAGGGCGGCGCAGGCGCCUGGAUCCUCGAGCUCCGCCGCUCCGUCGCCCUCUCGGCUUCAUUGGCCGGCGACCGGUGUGCACUCGCUCUGCAAGAGCUGGGCGGCGCGCUCCUCGAUGGGCUCCUCGAGUCUGAGCCUGCGUCGGCGCAGCUCGACGCCUUUCUUCGCGACGUCAAGUCGAGCGGAGUCUACAGCCUCGCCCAAUGCUCCGAGGAGGACGAGGAGGGAGAGGAGGAGGGAGUGGCAGAUUCGUGCUGCAAUGGCGACUACGACUAUGGCAACGGCGGUGCGUGUGGCGACGGUGGCGGCGGUGGCAGCGGCGAGGGCAGUGCCGGUGUGGGCGGCCAUCUGCCGGAAGGGGCGAUCGCGCAAGCCACCCUCGCUCAGGGCUAUGCGGCGUGCGAGUCGAUCCUGGUGCCGUCCCGCGCGGCGGCGCCGGUCGUAGAUGAGAGCUGUUGCGGCCCGAUAUUGCGCACCUUUGAGUUGUACCAAGAUUGCGCAGACGCCGCCGGCCUCUACUCAGAGGUGUUGGCUGGCUCGGCGAGCGCCUCCGCCGACCCAGCGCGCGAGCUCGAGUCGCUCGUCUCGCUCUGUGCGCUGCUCAAAGAGGAGCGGAUGGAGGCAAAGCGUGGGGCCGCGCUGCGGAACUUUGCACGUGGCCUCUGCGCUUCCUUGCCCACCGACGGCGCAAAGUCGCGCUGCGACGUCUCCGCCGCGAGGCGGCUGCUGCGCGCAGCCUACCGGUGUUAUCCGAGGAGUUCCCAGUUCGCCCUUCAUGCAUGUGCGCAUCAUGGAACUGCCCCUGACGUUCGUAGGCUCUACCAGGACGACGAGCUCGCCGCCCAGCUCGAGCCCGCGGGACUGCCGGCGCGGGCGGUUCUCCUCGAAAGGGCGUUUGGAAUCUUGCGCGCCGGCACUACCGCCGCCGCCGCCGCCGCCGCCGAGGUGGCCGCCGCCAAGGCUGCCGCCGCCGCAGCCACCGCAGCGAUGGCGGCGAGCGCGGGUGCUGAGACAGGCGCUCACGACUCCGCGAGAUCAACGCCGAUGGGUCUCGACGGCGUCGAGGGUGGCGCUGAGCAGGCGCCGGCUGUCGCGGCGGCGCCGGCUGGCGCGGCGGCGCCGUCGAGGAUGUCGACAUUGAGCGUCGAGCCACCGUCGAGGGCGCAGAGCUCGAGGAUGUCGACAUCGAGCGUCGAGCCGCCGACGCCGUCGAGGGCGCAGAGCUCAGAGCCACCGCUGCCACCACUCCCGGAGGAGGGUGCUGCCGAGGCGGCGCUGGUCGCUUAUUGCGAGCAGGCCUUCCCAGCCGCUGGCCGCAAGCGGCAGCGACUCGGUGGAGGCGGCGGCGGGCAGAAGCUGCCAACGCCGCGGAGCCAACCGUCUCCGAGCCGCCCCCUCUCCCAGCCGCGGCCUCAGCUGCCGGGCUGCGCCCACCGUCCAUCGGACGUCUCGGCCGCAUCGCUUCUGGCAGGCACAGGCGCUGUCCUCUCGGUCACGGUCCCACACGGUGUCGCGCCGGGGCAAAGCCUUCAGCUCUCCACGCCGAUGGGGCUCAUGCGAGUCGUCGUUCCUCCGGGCUGCGGCCCCGGCUCCGUCUUCGGCGUGCGCCCGCCGCCGUCGCCGUUGUUGCCGCCGCCCGCGGCCAGCGCGAUGCAGGCCGCCAGGACGUCGGAGUCGGCCCCGCCUCGUCCUGUCCCACCGGCACCAGCGGCGACGGGGUCGGCGGGGUCGGCGGGGAUGGGGCCGCCGCCAGGUGACUCGACGUGGUCGUUUGGGAAUGGCGUCGUCGAGGAUGUGGACUGA